AUGCACCUUAAAUAUCUCGAAGAACUGACUUUAUCGCUAAUUUCAGCCGUUCUGACACUCUACGUGAUGAAUAUUUUGGCUUUUUCGGAUGACAACGCGACGAUUCUCUUCCACAGCUUCAUUGUCCUGUGCUAUACCACACCUCUACUCGGAUCGAUCAUUGCCGACAGUUACAUCGGAAAAUUCUGGACGAUUUUAUGGAUAUCGCUUGUUUAUGCGGCUGGUAAUGUCAUCCUAGCAGUUGCUUCGACGUUCUCCAAAAGUGAUAAUGUCCAUCCAUAUCUCGACAUCAUCGGUUUAGUGGUAAUUGGCAUUGGAACAGGUGGAAUCAAGCCAUGCGUUGCUGCAUUCGCCGGUGAUCAGUUCAACCCGAACCAUCACCACAUGAUCUCGAUCUUCUUCUCAGUAUUCUACUUCACCGUUAACGCCGGCUCGAUGAUUUCCAGUCUGAUCACCCCUAUUAUGAGAAGUCUGUUAUCAAACAAAUCUAAUUUUCAUCAAAAAAUGCAUCUCUAA